UCGAUAGAAGGUAUAGACGCGGUAUUCGAAAUUGCAAAAUAAUGUUUAUGAAAAGAUAAAUAAGAUACGAAGUAUUGUAUUAUACAUACAAGUAAAUGAAAUGUAUACGUACACUUGAAACGCGUUUGUGGCGAGAAUCGUCUAGAUAAGGUAUUCCAUGUAAUCAUUGUGCAUACAUGUGUAUUUAUUUGUGGUUGCAGCCAACGCUACUUAAGUAGCUGCACUUCUACGAUUGACUUCAUUAACGUAAUCAACGUCUGGUCAAUAUGGUGCACGUGACGGAAGAUGUUUUUGCCACAGCAGCAGUAAAUCCCUUUACCAAGCAAACGAGUCCCAUUCGACGUUUUACGCUCUCCAAUGAUGAGCAAAUGUCAGUGCAGAUCUUAACACUGGGCGCUACAAUCAGCAGCAUUAAAGUGCCCGAUGCUCAAGGUCAAGUGGCGGACGUGACGCUCGGCUUUGAUGAUCUGGCGGGCUAUCAAGGCGAGAAUAAUCCAUAUAUGGGUGCGACCGUUGGACGCGUUUGUAAUCGCAUAGCCAAUGGAAAAUUCCAACUGGAUGGCAAAACAAUUGAGGUUUCCCGUAAUAGAGGCACGUUCCAGCUGCAUGGCGGAUUUAUAGGAUUCGAUAAGGCACAUUGGGAAGUGCUAGAGGUACUGCCCAACGGAGUCAGCAUGACCCACACCAAUCCCGAUGGCCAUGAAGGCUAUCCAGGCGAAGUCCAGGCUACAGUUAGCUUUACUCUAACCGAAGACAAUUGCUUGCAUGUCAGAAUGGAUGCGUUGACCAACAAAGUGACGCCUGUGAAUCUAACCAAUCAUUCCUACUUUAAUUUAGCUGGCCAUAAUGCAGGGCAGAAAGGACUUUAUGAGCAUAACAUAGCUAUUAAUGCCUAUGGUAUAACGGAAACGGACAGUGAUUCCAUACCAACAGGCAAAAUAUUGCCAGUGGAUGGCGGCAAAUUCGACUUGCGCUUGGCUAGCAAUUUGGGCGAACGUCUUGAGCAGUUGCAGCCGGCUCUGGGUUACGAUGACAACUUUUGCGUACGAUUUGAGCCGCCGCAUAGCUUUGCCAAUGUAGCUCGGAUAAUGCAUCCUCCAAGCGGUCGCUGGCUGGAAAUAGCCAGCAAUCAGCCGGGCGUGCAGUUCUAUACAUCCAACUUUUUGCCAAAUACAGCAAAAGGAGAAAGUGCUCUCGCUGGGAAAGGAGGGGCAGCUUAUGCUAAGCAUGGCGCUUUUUGUCUAGAAACACAAAAGUUUCCUGAUUCUGUAAAUCAUGCAAACUUCCCCUCUAGCAUAUUACGACCGGAGGAGAAAUAUCAUCACGAAGUAAUCUAUAAGUUUGGCAGACUACGUUGAACAAUAAAUAAAAACUAUAUAUGAUGUAUGUAGAAAUA